AUGUCGGAACAUCAUGGGAAAGGGAAAGGGUACCGUGGAGGUAAAGGAAAGGGCAGUCGAGGAGGUAGUAGGGCUAAGCAUAGGGCUGAUAGAGAGGAUGUUGAUACAGGCGAUCACCAUCGUAGUUCUAUAAGGCCUUCCGUGAUUGACCUGGAACGCUUGAUGCAUCAACGUGUCACUGUUAAGCUCACAGGAGGACGCGAAGUAAGCGGUGUUUUGAAAGGCUUCGAUCCAGUCCCUAAUCUAGUCCUCGAUGAGAGCAUUGAAUAUCUUAGAGAUCCAGAAGACCCAUACAAGCUCUCAGGGAAGACUCGGAAUUUGGGUCUACUUGUUGCCCGCGGCACGUCUGUAGUGUUGGUGUGUCCAAGCACUGGUAUUACUGAGAUCGACAACCCCUUUACGGAGGUACCUACCGAGUAG